CGACUACAUGGCGCCGGUGUCUGUCAACCCAACGGUGAUUCAGUUCGUGCCGGUGGAUUACACCACUGCAUAUGAACCAGAAUGCCUGCCGGUGAUAUCGGUUUGGCGGACGCGCUGGGCCGUGCAAAGGGCUUUGUCCGAGUUGCAACGCCGUGGCAGGGCUGGUGGUGAUGUCAAGCGCUUCGGCCUUGAUGUAUUGGGAGCUAUGGCGUUGCCGCUGGAUGGCAUCGUCUUGGAGCUAGACCGCCUAUGGCGCCACAGUGCGUACGGCACGCUGAGAAGGGAACAUGGCCAUGCGUUGAUAACACUGGAGAUGAUAGCACGGUUCUAUCACGCCAGUGUCUCCCAGGUCUUCGAAUGCUUGAGCGAGCGGUUCUUUCCGGGCUUGGGCACGAUGGUGCAUGAUUUCCUCUGA